CAACAUAACCAUUCGAUCCAGUCGCGUCGCUUGUGCCACUACUGUGAAUAACAUAAAAUAAAAAAAUAAAUAAAAAAUGGAGAACAGCGUUAUAAUUAUUUUGUUAUUUUUUUCGUGCUAUCAACACACACAACAACUGAUCCCACUACCGGAUUUCAUCCAUCCUUGCAGCGAACUCAACGACGAAUGCUUCACUCAAGCUACCCUGGACGCCAUACCUGGCGUUGUCAGAGGAAUCCCGGAGGCGGGCAUCCCUCCCCUGGACCCUCUUUAUCUGGACAAGAACAUCACAAUGGCCCUCCCCGGUAACGUCAAGAUGACAUUCCACAACGGAAAACUACUGGGACUUAGCACCUGUGUGCCGAGUAAAGUUUCAUCACGUCGUGAGAAGCGAACGUUUGUUUUCGACAUCCAGUGCAACUUUACCAUCAAAGGGCAUUACAGCAUCGUCGGAAGGAUACUGCUUUUCAACCUUAACACCGACGGCAACGCAAAAAUAAAAAUAUGGAAUCAAAAAAUCCAUCUAGAGGUUCUCGAAAAGGUUGUAAAAAACGACAAAGGUGAAGGUCAUUACAAGAUCAACUCUUAUAAAUACAAAGCAGACUAUGGAACGGACUUGAAACUCAACUUGACUAAUUUAUUUAGAGGGAGUCCAGAAAUCAGCGCAAACAUUCUAAGCGUGCUCAAUUCCAAUUCGCAACUAGUCGCUCAGGAGUUCGGCGGGCCGAUCCUCGACUACGCUAUAGACUACGCAAUGAAUGUCACACAGAAGUUUUUCGACGCCUACACUUACGACCAGAUCAGCCACGUACCACUCACCGAUGACUUCUUUGAAGAGGACUGAUUUACUUCAAAUAGUUUACGAGACUUUAAAAGGCUAUGAGAUGCUACACCAUCUUAUAUUAGUUAAGCGUAUGUAAAUUACUUAUCGUUGGUUUCUGAGUCUAAAAACCCUGUAUAAAAUAUAUUAUUAUCUCUGUUUUGUCAAAAAUAAUGAGAUGGAUGACGAUAUAUUAAUACAGAGAGAGAU